AUGAGAACUGAGAAUAACCAAAGUAGGUAUGAAAAGGUUCAGUCUUUUUCCAAUACCGAAAACAUGUACUUCCCGAUUGGGCUUCUUAUCGUUACUCUGGCUCCCCUCAUCCAAGUCAAUGCAAGCCCAUUAACCGAAGAGACAAAGCGCUAUAUCACGCCGAAUGGGACCGAAGUAUUUGAUCCACGUCCUCACGGUCAAUCCCCAGUCUACACCCAUGAUCGCUGGCCUCGCACUCUCUUCGUGGAACGCGACGAAACACCCACGGAAUGCACCGAAUUUCCGGAUCGGCAUGGCAUCAGCGUCGAAUAUCUUUUCAACCAGGACAACUACACGGUAUAUUGCUGGCAAAACAGCACGGUGUAUGACCCUGCUGGGAAAGUCUUUGUCCGCACUAUCCAAGACUGCUACCUUGAUGAGUAUGAUUUGGUAGCUGAGGACAUCGAUUUUGUUGAGGAACUGCCAAAAUGUGGUCCUGUGAAACCAUACAUGAUCUAUAAUAGCUUUUUGCUAUGGAAUAGCACGCCUGAGGAUACCGCGCACUAUACGCUGCCAUGUUGGAGGGAGCCAAAUACAAAGAGCCAGAGCCUUGAGACUGCCGCAACAGGUCCACAUUUGUACUGCUCGGUCGAAGGAGAAAAGUAUGGAAACUCGACGAAAUGGUGGGAGAGCGCCCGACUUGAGGAUUAUAAAAAGUGCUAUUUUCCGGAUGACAUGUUUUACGAGGGGCACAAUCAAACAAGUGGUAUAUUUGGUCAGAUGUCGGGGUCGGGAGGGCCCUGCCCGUGA